AUGCUGCGUUACUUGCAGCGACGACGCCCCAAGUACUCUAUUUCUCGCCCAGUCGCUCGCUACAUUGAAAACCUGCGCCGCUCGACCAAGCGACGGUCGAGCGUGACGCGCAGGGAGAAACGUGAUGAUGAUACAGAGGUCAAGUCGUUUGGCGCCUUUCUCGGCAGCUUCGCCCAGCCGCCGACGGCCGCCCAGCAGCGCCUCCUCUCCCAAUGGGACAUUCUUGUGGUUGAUCCCACGCAGAUGGGCGUGGUGCCGGCCCUGGCGAGCUGCCAGCCGACAUCGGCCCACGUUCUGGCCCGCCUCGACCUGGACGCCCUGAUGGCGCUGCACAGCGGCGGCGAGACGGCCGCGGACGGUGACGACGGCCUGGCCUGUCUGACCGUCUUCACCUCUGCCAUCGAGACGCACGUGCAGCACGCGGCUGUGCAGGGGGCCAGCUUCACGGGCGUGCUCCUGGCCGGCUUUGCGAGCCACCUGCACCCUGCCAUUGUCAAUGACCUGGCCCGCUACCUGAAGGAUCUCGGCUUCGACCUCUGGCUGGAGCUUUCGUACCCGGACUACCUCGACGAGGACUACGCUCCCAUGAUCAACCUGCACCUGUUGAAGGGCCUCGUGUAUCGCAAUGGUACCAUGCGCCCUGACGGCGACCGCCAAAACUACUUUCAGAUGACGGCGAUGCGUGCCGUCAUGCGUGCCAUGGCUGCCCAGCGAGUUUCUCACAACCCCGCCCUCGUGAUGUGGGAAGUGGUGGAUGAUGGCAUGGAGCUGCACCACGCCGUCAUCACUCGCACGUUCAACUGGUGCCUCUACUACUGCGCUGUCAACUGGAUUGGCCACAAGCGCUCGCUGACCGACGCUGAGUUCGCUGCAACCGAUGCCAUCCCUACCAAGCCGCUCGGUGCCCUCAUGUGGCUGAAGAACGACAAGAACAUGAGCGCCCACAACGUCUGGCGCGGGAACGAUCAAAUGCUCUCGCAGCAGGCUGACAACGCUGCCGUCUAUGAUUCGAUCUCUUCCUUUCUUCCCAACAUCGCUUCCCGCCUCCAUCUGCAGCCAGCUCCUGCACAGGCCUCUCAACAGCUCCAGAUUAACCCGACGACUACUAUGACGCGCAGCAGCACGUCCAAGUCGCUCGCUCUGCUCGCACCGCCUGGAAUGGCCAGCGGCGGCGAACAUGCGCCUGUCGUCAACCCGCUCGGUGUCUCCUGCAAGGGCGAUGACUUCACCGGCUUAGGCUGCUUCCAGCUCGGACACGAGACCUCGUUCCAAGACUUUGCCGCCAUUCGUCGCUCGCAGCAAAACCUGCAGGACCUCAGCCUGCUCGCUGUCAUCACGGGCGAAGAGCUGUACAAGGCCCGCACAACGAUCGAGGUGCUUCGCGGUGCCAAAGAGCUCAGCCCUGCCGCAUCGGACGCCGUCAAGGACUUGCUGGAUCUGCUUUCAGAGGCUAGCACCAGCGAUGCGGCCGAUUCGCCAAACCCGCGCCUCAAGGUUUUCUCCGGUCUACAGUCUGGCUUCCACGUCGAGAGCGGCGCGGUCUAUUACGGCAUGUACGACUACGAGCGGGCAGACCAGUGCCUCAUUCUGUAUCUCUCCAACAAGGCAACAGACCGCGCUGGCGCGAUCCUCCACACGUACCUCUCCAGCCGGCAGAUCACGCGCACGGAAUGCUUCAUGGUGGAGCAGCUCAUGGCAGACCGCAAUGGCCAGCUGAAGAUGCCAUGGAAGCUGGCGCCACGGCUGGUCCAGGACCUCGAGACGUUGUCGCCCCAGGAGGCACUGCUGUUCAUGAAGCGUUUGGCGUUGUCGCGCGAAAGCUCGGCCCUGCUAGCACUGAUUCGUCCUUGUCUGGAGGCACAGCUGGUGGAUGCGCCCUCGUUGACGCAGCUGCGUGUUCUCUGCUCGACCGGUUACCUCAGUGGCCACGUCACGGCUGAGGAGAUGAUCGCUGCUCGGCUGGCCUGGUUGGCUGACAAGGGCUGCGAUAUUCCCGAUGCGUACGAGGCCAACAAGCUGUUCCACGACGUGUACGAUCGACUCUAUGACGUCCUGAUGGGCAUCGAAUCCGAGGUGCUCGCCCAGCUCGGCGAGGGCAUACAGAAGAUUGUGCUGAGUGAAUAUCUCGACGCUGGCGCCGACAUCUUCUUGCUGGCUGUUUUCUCGGCCUUCCGCAGGAUGGCUCUGGACGAGGUCUACCUCGAGGUGCUGGACCGCAACGUGUACCCGAACCACUCGGCCGAUCAGGCUGGCUGCUUCGCCGAGAACUUUGGCCUGGGCUCACGCUGUGACUCCUUCUUUGACACCACGCCGCGCAGCAUUGGCCGCAUUCUCUCGGAUCGCUACCGUGCGUACUACACCGAGUUCCAGCCGCCCUUGCGCGAGGAGGGAUUUACCGAGCUGCCGACGGCCUACUUUGCCAUGCAGGUCGACUUCGACCCCGAAGACGGCAAGACCAAGAUCCCAUUCUACUACCGUAUCACCUUCUUCGGCAUCUUCGCCCUUCCGGCCCUGGUUGACGUCAUGUUGUUGACGACAAUCGGCCGAGGUCUGUACCUGACAACGUACAUGAGCUCCGAGCAGAAGACCAUGGCCACGACGGCCCUGAUGCUGUCCCUACUGAUGAGCGGUUCGUUUGGUGCCUGGAUCUGCUCUGGCGGCAGCUACUAUUUCUUCUCGAAUGCCUUCCCGGCCAUGAACUACUUCAUCAUGACUCGCUUCGUUGCCGGUAUCGCCGUAACUUCGGUCACGGCCAUUAUCGGCUUCAUUGUCGUCAUCUUCGUCCACGGCAUCUCGAACGCGCUCGUCUUCCUGUUCUAUUUCGUCAUGCUCUCGACCUACAUGCUGGCCUUGAACGCGCUCUCCAUCUACCAGCAGCCUGGAUCCGAGUUUUUGUCCGGCCGGACGACCAUCAUCACCUGCAUCCCGAUCCUGUUCAUCUCGCCCGUCGUCAGCAUUUUCACACGCCACGACAUUGCCGUCUAUAUCCCUGUCCUGACCGUUUUCUGCCUGUCGCUCCUCUAUGGCGCCCGCAAGACCCUGGCCGAGUGGAGCUCGUGGUAUCUGCAUAUCCCGCCGGUGACAGACUCCGAGGUCGUGGCCUGGUUCCGUGGCAACAGCAAGGGUUCGACCACGGUCGACCUGGAAAAUAUGCGCGACAACGAUGUGAUGCCGCUGGCCCGUGACGCGAUUCACAAGGCCGUCGUCAAGGAGACCAAGCGCUGGUUCUUUGUCCGCUCGUCGGCCGACCCGCUGGUCAAGAAGCUGGCCGAGGGCUAUGGCGCGACCAUGUACCUGAUGCAGUGGUACUCCAAGUACAAGCGCUCGCGUAUGCCAAUGCCCUACAGCACGACCUGGAACUUGACCCUCAAGGCUGGCCUGGAGAACAUCACGAACAUGCAGAAGGGUCUGAAAAUGCACAGCGCCUUCCUGCACUGGCGCUCGACCGGCAAGGACAUCCUCUCGGGCUUCAUGUACUUUGUCAUCGCGCUUCUGGACAAGUGGAUCGCCCUGAUGACACGCAGCCACCUGGUCGGUCUGUCGGCCGCCAGCAGCACGCUCUACCGCUUCGGUAUUGGCUUCGGUCUCUGCUAUUAUCUCUUUGGUGCCGUGGCCCUCGACAUUGUCUCGCAGCCGAUGUGGAUCGCAGCGAACGAGAAGUCGAAGCAGCCAAUCACGUCGCUGGAGAGCCUCAGCGAGAUCACCAAGAAUGAUAUCAAGGCCCGCCAUCGGCUGUACUGGCGCUCGCUCGUCAAGUUCUUCUUCUUCCACCUGUGGGGCACUGCCAUCUUCUCCGCUCUCAUCUGGGCUUACGAUGACGACUCCGGCAACUGCAUCAUGUUCCUGAGCUACAUCCUUGCCUACUCCGGCCUGCUUUGGUUCCAGUACAACAAGAUCUUCUGCGGAACGAACGGUGCCAAUGCUCUCAUCUGCGGUUUCUUCGUCGGUCUGCCCGUCGGUCUGGCAGUUCGCCUGGCAUCUCCCGGCUUCGGCUACAGUGGCGUCAUCUGCCUGGGCAGUGCUACAUGGGCCUCCUGCAUCGCCUCCUUCUGGACGGCCGACAUUGGCAUGCCAACCAUUGACAGCAUUUUCGGCUCCAAGGCCAAGUCCUAUGCUGCCAUCAAGUUCAGCGGCGACGGCGAGAACGUGCCGGUCUACACCCUCUGCACGAUCGAGCCGAUUCCGGAGCUGUCCCAGUCGACGAUUGGAAAGAUGUUCGAGGACGUCAAGGAGCGCUUCCCGCUGGAAUCAUCCCAGCACCCUGGCCAGCGCGUCCUGGAGCUGCUCGUGCCACAGGACAGCGCCCGACUGCCGACCGCCCUCAACGCGGCCUUCCCGUCAGCCUACGAGCUGAUGCACCUGGCCUCACAGAGCUGGAAGAAUGGCCGCAUUAUGGUUGAGCUGAUCUCUGGCAGCCAGUUGCCGCUUUCGGAGGCGAAGACGCUGCAUCUGGCCCGUCGCACUAGCGACAAGGUUAUCCACCUCUUUGUUGUCACCGGCACUGACGUCUUCAACGAGCAGACGCUCAACGUGCACGAGCAGUGGGGCGCCAUCGCCGAGGCCAUCGUCCAGACGGCCGCCGAGCACAUCAUGGGCCUUUCGCACCGCGACGCCACGCUGGCCAGCUUGCUGGCAGUCAACCACUUUAGCGAUGCCGAGAUCAGCGUGCCCGAGGGAAUGAAGCUGCAGCUCAAGGCGUCCUCGACCGAGCGGCUUCGUGUGAUACGUGCCGCCGACCAGGUCCAGCUGACAUAUGCUCUUCUCGGCGUCGACUGCGAGCGGGAGUGGGACGGCCUUCCGAAAUCGGUGCGCAGCUUCCUGACGAAGCGCUCGGUGGGCGCCCAGGUCGAGCUGACCGAGGCCGACACCAUCUGGCUCCAGGAGCGGAUUGGUUCGAGUGCUCCUGUCGCUGUCGACGAGCACCUGGCUCGCUGCCGUGUCGGUGCGGCCAUGACCAAGGCCCUUGUCGCAUGUGCUGCCGAGCUUGAGCGGACAGACUGCGGUGGAAGCGACAACGAGCACGAGGGUCUUGUCUUCUCUGCUUCGACGGCGGCGGUAGCGGCUGAGCGCCUCAAUGCCAUCCUGCCCAUGACCACGUCUCUGGUGCAGAAGUUUAACCUGAGCUUCAAGUUCCUGAUCCUGUCUCUCACGGCCGACCCCGAGUACCAGCGCGAGCUGAACUACGUUACGCAGGGCCUGCCCGCAUUUAUCCGUGGCCCCGUGACGUUCUUCCUUAACGGCAUCUGGGUGUACUGCAAAAUGCUCCAGGCGCUCAUCAUUCCGUUUGUCCUCUUCCAUGGGCGCGACCAUAUCGACAAGAUCAAGCGGCUUAUCAGCGGCAUGACAACAGUUUUGGAGAAGAACCGGAUUGUGACGGAGAACUUCAGCGGCCCGUCGACCUGGUUCUGGACCUCAUCUGAGGAAGACGGGGCCAGCGUGCUGCGGCUGUCGCAGUACAGCGGCCUGCACAACGAGGAGCCGCAAAGCACCAAGGACCUCAAGGCCAUCAACACGUACACGGACAAGCUGGUUCUACAGCAGCGGCAGCUGUAUGCCAAGGGCAAGGUGGUGGACUCGUUCCGCUACGAGUACGAGCAGUCGUCUUCGCGGCUGCCGAUGCAGCGGACCUGUGUCGAGGGCAAGAAGGAAGGCGAGAUUGUGAACUACGACCGUCGCGGCUACAUUACUACCGGCUCGGAGAUGCGCGGCGUGAACAGGGUGACGUGGAAGCUGUGGUACCGCAAGAGCGCCAAGCACGAAGACGAGCUGCUGUGGGCCGAGUACACGUUUCCGCACAUCACGAUCAAGGUUCUCUGGAGCAUGCCGCCACGCAACCCGAACAAGCGGCUGGAGGAGUGGAUUCCAUUCUCGACCGUGACGGAGGCCACCUUCAUCCAGGGCGAGCAGGUGUACCACGCGUCCUGGGACUACGAGCACAAGUUCCACCCCGAGGUGGCGGUGAUGCUGAACGGCAAGCCGGUGGAGACGCCGCUGAUGAUCAAGGAGGAUUGGUUCCACGUGUUUGACAAGCCGGACAGCUGCAGCUUCCUGAGCGAAAACCCGCUGCUGUCGUUCUCGUCGAUCAAGUCGAACCCGAUCGCGCGCUUCUUCCGGUUCAACGUGAAGCGGUACCAGAUCCCGACAUCGGUAGCCCGCACACAGCUGUGGAAGGUCUGGAAGAACAGCCGGGACGUGGAUGCGAUCAGCGUGCGGUGGCUGGACGAGAAGCUGCUGCGAUCGGACCGGAUCAUGCGGCGGUACUGGCGGCUGCGCGACUUUGGCCGGCUCGACGCGGCCACGGCCUACGUGGACGCACAGGUGGACACGAUCAUGGCGCGGGUCGACAUUGACCCACAGACGAGCGCGUGGACGAACCUGGCCUUUAAGCUGAGCGACUUCUAUGCAUUCGGUCAGGCCGGUGAUGCCCGGAUCAACACGCGCAAGGCCGACUCGCAGCUCUGGGGCAGCGAGCAUGAGCUGCAUGUGCUGGCAAUGGACACGUCGACGUGGCCGAACGAUCCCGGCGGUGUGUCGGCUUGUCGUCGCGACAUGGUCAACGAUCUGCGGACGAUCAAGUGGCACGUGGUGGCCGAGUCGGCAAACGACUUUGGCGUGCCGCGUUUCCAGAUUGAGCGCAACGUGCAGUCGCUGACGAUUCUGCCACUCUGGGGCCUCGACUUCCUCAACCCGACGCACGGCAUCAUCGAGACCUGUCUGGACUCGUCGGUGGUGCAGCGCUCUUUCAACACGCGGGCGGCCGACAUUGUGGACAACUUCCUGCCGAUCUUGACAAGCCUGGUCACGUGCUCUCGGGCGAUCGACCUGAACCGGCAGCACAUUGAGGAGGCGACGGCGGCGCUGGUGGCGCUGAAUGCGUACUUUGAGCGGUCGCGCAACUGGAACGACGUGUGGUACCACCCAGUGGUCAAGCAGCGGUGGCGGGAGCUCUGGCUAACGGAGAUGCCGAACACGCUGAGCAUCUCGCAGUGGUGGGACUUUGAGAGGCCGAGCAUCAAGCAGCUGGACGAGGCACUGAACCUGUGGUGUCGCUACCUGUUCAUCUUCUCGCUGCCGGUGCCAGAACAGAUUCCGGACGUGUUCCAGGCGUCGCAUCACUUCACGGGCGCGACGUACGGUAUCGUGUGCAAGGUCAAGCGCAACUGCUCGCUGCACAUCUGGGAUCACUGCAUCAGCUUCCGCGAGUUCACCAGCUUUAUGAGCUCGGCCGUGUCGUUCGACUCGCCGUUUGUCAACAGCUCGCUCAUCUCGCUGACACACCUGAGCUGCGUGCUGCUGGAGCACCACGCCGACGUCGUCCUGCCGUGCUGCGACUACUUCAACCCGGGUUGGGAGGUGGAGCUGGGCACGGCCGAGGGUGCGCUGGAGCACCGCAACACGUUUGCGCGCAAGAUCGACCCAGUCGUCAACGGCAUCUGCAACAUGGAGAAGUUUGAGCCGAUCAAGACAAUCCGGACAGAGACCCCGACGGUGGUGAUGCUGUCGCAUCUCCAGUACGCCAAGGACAUCAAGAACGCGAUCAUGGCGACAGACAUUAUCGUCAACCGCUGGGGCUUCAAGGACUACAAGGUGCACGUGUACGGCGACAUGGAGCGUGCGGCCGCCAUUGCGACCGAAUGCCAAGAGCUGAUCGCGUCCAAGAAUCUGCAAGACGUGUGCGUCCUCAAGGGCCUGGGCAAUCCGUCGCUGGUGCUGCAGGACGCCUGGCUGUUCCUGAACUCGUCCAUCUCCGAGGGCCUGCCGCUGGCCAUGGGCGAGGCCGCGCUGACGGGCGUGCCGGUCGUCUGUACGGACGUGGGUGCGUCCUACUGCGUGGUGACAGACCGGACAACGGGUGACCGGUUCAGUGAGGUGGUGCCACCCAACGACUCCGAGUCGCUGGCCCGCGCGCAGAUCAGCGUCAUGGCCCUGCUGGGUCCAUGGGCCUCGUACGGCGAGGACGAGCCGGGCGUCGAAGUCCCGGUGCUGGGCUACCCCCUCCCGACGGCCGAGCAGGUGCAGCAGAUCUCUGACCGGAUGUACGCCAAGCAGGACCAGCGCCGUGCUCUCGGCAUGCUGGGCCGCCAGAACGUGCUCAAGAACUUUUCGUCCGACCGGUACCUGCGUGAGCACGAGCAGAUGCUGUGGAUCGGCAAGCAGACCAGUCCGUCCAACAUUGCGCGCACCGCCACGGCCGGCACUCCGGCGUCGGUGCGUUCGAGCUUCAUGAGGUCGCAGAACGGUGGCACCCGAUCCCGGCCCGUCUCGCGUCUGACACCCGAGUCGUGGAUCUCCUUGUCGAGCGAGGAGACGGCCAAGGGCUGGCGCUCGCUCGGACCCAGUUCCGUGAGCGUGCGCGACUUUUUUAAGGAGAAGUAA